UGGGGUUAGGUCCCAUCAUGGCGGCUGAAGAGGCGGAUGUGGAUAUCGAAGGGGACGUGGUGCCGGCCGCGGCACAGCCCGGAAGUGAUGGAAAUACAGCAUCUGUUUUACAAGAUCACUAUCUUGAUUCAUCGUGGAGAACUGAGAAUGGUCUUAUUCCUUGGACUCUGGAUAGCACCAUCAGUGAAGAGAACAGAGCUGUCAUUGAGAAGAUGUUGUUGGAAGAAGAGUAUUACUUAUCUAAAAAAUCACUUCCAGAAAAAUUCUGGCUUGAUCAAAAGGAAGAUGAUAAAAAAUACAUGAAGAGCCUGCAGAAAACAGCAAAAAUCAUGGCACACUCUCCUACAAAAUCAGCCAGUUACUCAGUAAAGUGGACGAUAGAAGAAAAAGAGCUGUUUGAACAAGGGCUGGCUAAAUUUGGCCGAAGGUGGACCAAAAUUGCAAAACUAAUUGGAAGUCGCACUGUUUUACAAGUUAAGAGUUAUGCCAGGCAGUACUUUAAAAAUAAGGUAAAAUUAGAUGGUCCAGAGAAGGAAACACCAAAUCAGAAGAGCAGCAGUGAUCUUCAGAUUAAAAAUGAAGGUGAAGGCACAAAGGCAUGGACGCCAUCAGAUCUAAGGGGACGUGCUGAUCCCAACUUGAAUGCUAUAAAAAUUGAGCAGUUAUCUGAUGAUGAAGAAAUAGACAUCACAGAUGAGGCAGAUGAGUUGACUUCUCAAGCUCCCCAAAAGAAUUCUAGCAAUGAUGUCUUAUUAAAUAUUCCUAGUAGUAUAAGUCAUGAAUCCAGCCAAGGGGAAUUUAUUGCUUCUUACAACCAAGAAGAUUCUGUAUCUAAAUCUUCCAAGGAAUAUUUUCAGAAUAUAAAGCAGGGAGAGAUGGAAGCACUUUCAAGCUCAGGAAGUAAAUUUUGGACUGAAACACAGAACACUAGUGACAAAAAGUCCCUUGAAUUAAAUGAUCAGAAAUGUAAUAAAAUGAUGAAAAACUCUGAAAAACAUGAUGGAAGUGGAAUAAUGGAUGAUGCCAGGCCAUUGUCUUCUCCAGAGCCUUGUGAAAUUCAGAAAGACUUGAGUGAUAAUGAAUUGCUUUUUCAUUCUUCCUAUCAAAUGGAGGACGAGAGCCAUGAGGAAGAAGAGCUUAAGCCACCAGAACAAGAAGUAGAAAUAGAUAGAAAUACCAUUCAAGAAGAAGAAAAACAAGCAAUUCCUGAGUUUUUUGAGGGACGCCAUGCUAAAACACCAGAACGCUAUUUGAAAAUUAGGAAUUACAUUUUGGAUCAGUGGGAGAUAUGCAAACCGAAAUACUUAAAUAAGACCUCAGUACGUCCUGGCCUGAAGAACUGUGGGGAUGUUAAUUGUAUUGGACGGAUUCAUACAUACCUCGAGUUGAUAGGAGCAAUCAAUUUUGGAUGUGAACAGGCUGUAUACAACAGGCCACAACCAGUUGACAAAGUACGAGUCAGAGACCGAAAAGAUACAGUCGAAGCAUACCAGCUUGCACAGCGGCUGCAAUCUAUGCGCACAAGGAGACGUAGGGUCCGAGACCCAUGGGGAAAUUGGUGUGAUGCAAAAGACUUAGAAGGACAAACCUUUGAGCAUCUUUCUGCUGAGGAAUUGGCAAGAAGAAAAGAGGAAAAAUGUAAACCUGUCAAAUCCUCAAAAGUACCAAGACCAACAAAAAGCUCGUUUGAUCCCUUCCAGCUGAUACCUUGUAAUUUUUUCAGUGAAGAAAAGCAGGAGCCAUUUCAGGUGAAAGUGGCUUCAGAAGCACUUUUAAUAAUGGAUUUGCAUGCUCAUGUUUCUAUGGCAGAAGUGAUUGGUCUAUUAGGAGGAAGAUACUCAGAAGUUGAUAAAGUAGUUGAAGUCUGUGCAGCAGAGCCAUGUAAUAGUCUGAGUACAGGACUGCAGUGUGAGAUGGAUCCUGUCUCACAAACACAGGCCUCAGAGACCUUGGCUGUGAGAGGCUAUAGUGUUAUUGGAUGGUAUCAUUCUCAUCCUGCCUUUGAUCCAAAUCCUUCCUUACGAGAUAUUGACACUCAAGCCAAGUACCAGAGUUACUUCUCCAGAGGCGGUGCAAAGUUCAUUGGAAUGAUUGUUAGUCCUUAUAAUCAAAACAAUCCUUUACCUUAUUCCCAGAUAACCUGCCUGGUUAUAAGUGAUGAAAUUAGCUCAGAUGGCUCUUAUCGUUUACCUUAUAAAUUUGAAGUACAACAGAUGCUGGAAGAACCUCAGUGGGGAUUAGUGUUUGAAAAGACAAGAUGGAUAAUAGAAAAAUACCGGCUAUCCCAUAGCAGUGUCCCUAUGGAUAAAAUCUUUCACCGGGAUUCUGACCUGACUUGUUUGCAGAAACUUUUGGAGUGUCUGAGGAAAACUCUGAGCAAAGUGACUAAUUGCUUCAUUGCUGAAGAAUUCUUAACUCAAAUAGAAAAUUUAUUCCUUUCCAAUUAUAAAAGCAAGCAGGAGAAUGGAGUGGCUGAAGAGAACUGUGCUGUGGGUACAAAGGAACUCUUAAUGUAAUUAUUUUAAAGUAAGACAUUCUAAUCUUGAUACAGUGAUCAUGCUUUCAAAGUAAUAUCCUUGAAAUUACUGUAAUUUUGCUAAUAGUGACACAACCUUAAUAUUUUUUCUCUAGCUCACAAAAUCGAAACUUUGCCACAUAAAUGAUGUGACAAAGAGAUACGGACUGGCUUUCAUACAGUGAUUAUCAGAGUGUUGUGUGAAGCAGGGUCUGCUGCAGUGCUGCAGACCAGCCAUGGCCAGUAAGCAGUGCAGGAGACCAAAGGGCUGUCUGCUUUACUGUUGUAUUCAGGUUGAUAAAUGGAAUGUAUCUCUAAUAUUUAUUUCUCCCCAAAUUUUGGUACCUCAUGUCUCUGUCUCAUUAGGAGUACUUCCAUUUUUUUCCAUGUGCUUUGGUGAGAUUUGCUUAUGGUUGCCAAUGAGCUAUGGAUGGAUGGCACUGAGGUAAUUAACAUGGUUGAGAACUAUCGAUAUAAUAAAUCUAACAACAAGCUGUAGGAGGCCAGGGGAGGCAUAAGGAGAAAAUCUUAAACAUAGAGAAGAAACCCAAAGGAGAAAAUCAAAUUGCCAGUUUUUCAGUUAAUAGCGAUUUGUUUCCAUUUUAUUUUAUAGCAGUAAUACUACAGGAUAUUGCCAUUUUCUCAGCUAGCUGAAACCUUUUAUAUGGAUUUCAGAUACAUAAAAUAAUUAGCUUCAACUAUAUGUCCACUUAUAUUCGUAUGUGUGAUGAAACCUCAUUUAAUUAGGACACAGAUAAUCAUAACUCUCGUAUUGGAUUUUUUUCCCCUACUACCUGUUAUCAGGAGAAAGUGGCAAAUUAUAAUAACACUUAAAUAUUAAAUCAGAGAUUUAAUUUUAAAAACAAAAAAGCCUUCCAGGACAUACUACGUAUCUAGCCCAGUUUCAAAUACUUUCUAAAUCUAGAACAGAAGUGAGCAAACUUUUUAUGUAAAGGGACAGUUAAAAACUUGGGCUUUGCAGGUCAAAUACCGUGUCUAUCAGAUAUUCUGCUUUAUACUUUUUUUAUAAUCCUUUAAAAAUAUAAAAACCAUUCUUAUUACCUCGUGAGCCUCACAGAAAAUGGAUUGCUGGCCAUUAUCUUCCAACUCUGCUCUAGAGAAUUAAACACUUGUAAUUUACUUUCAGAUAUACGAACCUGAGACACUGAAAGGCCUUGUUUACAUCAUCUUCAAACAACAAAACUUAAGAUUGUGAUUUACAUUUAAGUACAUUUUCAAGUAAAAUUAGCAAUCAUGCUGCCUGAUUUACUCAAAUGGAUUUCAGUUUAUUCUGUUAGCCAUAGAACUGAUUUAUACCCGUUCUUCAAGCACUCUUAUUAAUAAUAGUUUUAUUACAUCUUACCUGGAUAUGAUUCUGUAUUUUUACCUUUUUUAGUAGUAAUCAUUAGCCACGGAAGAAUAUGACAGUGUCUGAGGGAGUAGUGAGCUAGAUCUAGAUGGCCUAGGUCUUGGCUCAACCUUGUGACUUGGGGGAAAGGGAGGGGUGGAUAAAAGUUGACCUUCUCUAAGCCUAAGUUCUUGUAUAACUGAGAGCUAACUUAUCUUCUUAACAUCCUUCCAGGUCUAAAAUGCAUUUCUCUGUAUGUAGUUAGGAUAAACAAUGAAACAUAAUUUAUAAAGCAAUUCCCUUUGGGACUAGAGGUGUUAAGAGCUGUAGACCAACGUCAGGAAACCUGAGUCCUCAUCCUAAUUCUGUUACUGGUUUCACUCUCUGGAAGUGAUAACAUCACAUAAUCUGUCUGGACCUCAUGCCCUUCACCUGUAAUGCAUGGGUCUGAGUUUUAUGACUUUGUUUUUCCUUCCGAGCACAGAAAGUCUGAUUCUAUGAUACGUAGUAAUUGAUUCGUUUGUAUUUCUUCCUUUUAAUGUGUUUUUCUCAUUGUACAUUGGGAACAUAUCCUAGAAAUUGGUAUGAAUUAACUCUCUUGAUUGACAUUUCCCUAUAAUAUCUAUUAAUUUGGGUGAUAGAAAAUAAUGGAAAUUGUUUAAAAUUCUGUUCUCAAAUCUGGAUCCCUUAUGUGCCAGUAACUAACCAUAUUUUCUAACCUAAGCCAUACUGUGAAGAACUUGAAGAUGGUAAUCCUUGGAGUUUAGAGUGUGGAGAGCACAAUUUUUAAAAUAAUAUAUACUGAGUGUUUUUUUUUUUCCUUGAUGAUAGAGUACAUUUAUCUCAAACUAUUUUUUAAAAAACAGAAACAUAUAUAAAAAUAUAUAAAUCCUAUUAUCUAAAAAACCACAGGUUAACAUUUUAGUAUAAGUUCUUACCCCUUUUUUUUUCCUGGACCAUGUAAUUUUAGAACAUUAUAAUCUGUGAUAUUUUCCUUCUCUCCUUCAUUGUUCGUUCUCCCUGUUUCUUUUUUUCUCUUAUAUUCUUGAAACACUUUUGAAAUUGCAAGUGCCCACCCAUGUUCCUGUCACUGCCAACUUAGGCUGCUUAGGGUAGUUAGAGCCAGGGUGCUGGAGAAGCACAGAGGAAGUCUGUAACUGAGGGCAAUGUAACUAACAUAGGAAGUUCAGGGGGGCAGAGACUCAAAGAAACUUACGUCAGGUGAUGCUUACAGGAGUGGAGACAGGACCUGAAAACAUCCAGAUCUUUUCAUCCUGAUUUGAUUCUUAAGACUGCACAAUGACAAUAAAAUAAUGAACUUAAUUUUUUUUUCUUUUCUUGCUUGACUAGUAGAAAUGGACACUAGUACUUCACAGUAUUAGACUGAGCUCUAUUAAAAAUCUAAUCCCAAAGUAACAUGCAAAAAAGAAAAAUCAGUGGAAUAAGAUCAACAAGAUCAGACUCUCCUCAUCCCUCCAUUAUUUUAUCUUUGAACUGUCUUCAAACCCACAUUAUGUAGGACUUAGACACUUUUGCCUUCUUGGAUGUUGUCUUCCAUAAAAAAUUAAAAAUUAAUUCAUUACAAUUUUAUUUAUAUAAAAUGAGUCUAAUACUAUAUAUAAACAUGUCCUCAAUCUAAAAGAUUGGUUUUUUUCCUUCUGAAUUUAAAAGAUGAAAACAUUUUUUAUGGGCCUUAAAAGUAUUGUGGGCUGGAGGCAUGUUGCCUGAAAGAUAAGGUGGCUCUUCCUAUAUUCUCAAGGAUAUCACUGGAGAAAUAGCAGUCAUGAUUCUGUCGCCUGUAAAACUUAUCUCACAAACCCUGGGGUAGCUUUGCCAUCGCCACCAAGAAUAUUGCAGUUCCUGGGGCUUUAAAUCUAUAGACUUGAACCUUGUUCUUCACUGACAUGACCAAAACUUAAGAAUGUUGCUUGGGAAAAAUCAUCCUCCAAAAAAAAAAAAAAAGAUACACAGUGAUUAGUUUUAGCUUUUAAGUGGAUAUUUUUGUUCUGAUCCUUAAUCUGUAGUUGUGAAGCUCAUGCCACAUAUCCUACCACCUUUUAUUUCUUCAUUUCCUUCAAACACACUCCCACUUUUUACCCACUCCCUCUACUUCUUACCUCUUGGCACAUAGGUACAAGAUGGUUCAUAUAACAUUUGUUGAAAGCAGGGCCUAGAAGGAUAGAGUUGAACAGACCCAUUUGUAUUUCAUGGAAGCUGAUUAAUGCUUCCAUGCCUUCUCUCCAAAACUCUCCUCCCCCACAGGAGUAGAGGUGAGGUCUGUGAUGUGCAGACUGUUAAGUAAGCAGGGUCAGAGCCUCUGCAGCUGUCUGGGCAACAGGGUGAUUGCAGUGUGAACAGGCCAGUCUGUGCAGGCCUCCUGCUCUUCAGUUGGUCAUGUUUUUCUUUCUGGGUCCUAACGAGGUGAGCUGGAAGACUUGCAGGAAGUGAUGUAAUGGCAGGAUGCUUCAGGAUUGAUGCUUUACCUGUGGAUAAAGAGACUUAUGGACAUCUGACCACCUGACAUACAGCUGUCAAUCCUCAGGUCAUCAACAGGCAUUCAGUGGAUGGAUUUCUCAGUAGAAAUUAAAUAAGGGCACCCAAACUUCAUAUUUUUUUUUUAUCGACACUCUCCUUUACCAACAGUAAGAGACUUAAGUCUAGAGUCCUACAUCAUGGCAUUUAGGAAAACUUAUUUCAUCCAAGCACAAAGGAAAAAGCACAUUUUUAUCAUCAUCUCUAUCAUGAUUAAUACAAAAUUUGAUCAGUAUUCUCAGUUUACCAGCAAUUUUAAAUAGUUUUCUUAAAAAUCAAUAUAAAAUUUGGAAUAUUUCCAGGAAAUCACUAUGUGGAGAAUAAUGUCACAUACUUUAACUAAUUAAAUUUCUGACCUUUUCUUAAAUGAUUUUAUGUAUUCUAUUCCUCAAAACUCUGUUUUCUCUGUUUUUUUUCAUUUGCCCUGUAAUUUGUGCCUUCUGGCAUUUUCUGAAUCUUUUUAGCCACCUUAAAAUUUUUGUGGAAAAAGGCAGAGAAUAAAUAUGUUAGCCCCCUAAAUCAGGAGAAAAUCAAAACUUCCCAGAGAAGCUGUGAUUAUACCAGAUGCUCUGUACUGAACUAAAUUUGAGAAGGUAAAAUUAACUCAUGAUAUCUGGGUUGUUUGUAUUUUCUUCCUUUGAAUAUAUUUAUGAAUAUAUUCAUAAGAAUUUUAAUUUCAGGGGAAAAUGCCUUAUGUGCUGUCUUUGAGGUUUCCUAGAGUAGUCUCUUAGGAUUUAAGAAGAAUGUUAACUAGGAUUUCAUAGUUUGUACUCCUGUUUCAUAGGUUACCACAGAACAUUUGUUUAAAGCUAUGAAUUAUAAAAUAGUAUUUAGAAUCCAGCAUGAUUUAAAUAGACUGGUCAUAGAUCUUUGAAUUUGUGUAUUUGAUGUGUAAAUUAUAAAUUGUGUAUUAUGUAUAUGUAUCAUAUAAGUUUACUGUGAUUAUCGAUGAACCUAUUGCUAUUGUUCCCCAAAUGUUAUUAGUGUUGAUGGAUUUCUUUUAUUACUUUGAAUUUUGGAAUGUUCUAUAAUUAAAAGAUAAUGACAUAAACUAUUUUGUACAUUUAAAUAUGAUGCCACAUUGUCUAAAUCUAUAUUAAAUAAUAUUGUAAAUAUUGUUUAUACAGUUAUGAAAGCUUCUCAAAAUGGUUGGACUCUUCUCCCUAUACUAAACAAUGACAUGUUAUAAAAUAUCUGAUUUUAAGCUUUGAGAUUUUUAGCUUGUGAUAAAAAUUAAAGGGAAACAUUCUGAAGAUUCUAUAUAAAUAAAAUUCUGAGAAAAAGUG